CCUAACCGCUAUGAGACAAGAAGUAACGAGGGCAAACAAAGGCUGGGCUCUGGACACGGUAAACCUGCACAACAAAGUUCUGAAACAGGCCCAGGAGGAGAUCACUGCCUCGCCUACAGAGGGAGUCUAUGUCUAUGGUCUGUACCUGGAAGGUGCCAGCUGGGACAGGAAGAACGUCCACCUCAUCGAGUCCUCACCCAAAGUGCUGUUCACACCCCUGCCUGUCAUCCACAUGUUUGCCAUUAACUCUACUGCCCCCAUGGACCCCAAACUGUAUAUCUGCCCCAUAUACAAGAAACCAAGGCGCACAGAUCUGAAUUACAUCACAGCAGUGGUGUUGCAUACCGUCCAGCCACCAGACCACUGGAUCAUGCGUGGAGUCGCCCUGCUAUGCGAUAUCAAAUAAUAAGAUAGCUGCAUAUAUUUGUUAAUGUGUGACAUUGCUUAAAGGGGAAAUAAAUGUAUUUUUAAGGUCAAAUAUUUCAAAAUGUAUUCUUACCAGUUUUAUUUUUCUAGUUGUCUCACUCACUUCAACAGGACAUCUGUGUAUUGGUCAGGAAGUAUGAACGACUUUUCACAUGUUGCA